AAUCCAGGAAACUUCGUUCCAGUCACUUUCUAUCGCACCCUUCAUUGCGCUCACAUUAUAUUACUCGUACAAGCUCCCUCAAUGCCACCCUCAAGUCAUCAUCAACUAUGGCCGCACAAGCACCCUCUACAACUCACGAGUCAUCAAGCCAAAUCAUUUUUCGAAUAUCCUCAAACGCAAGUCGCGAGUCGUUCCGCGUUUACGGCUCCGGAGCCGGAACAAAAAACAGUCAUUCGGACUGGUACAUUGUGACCACAGCAAAGGAUCUCCACGUGAUAAAGGAGCCGAUAUUAGCUCCUGUCAGUACUAUACCCGCCCAGAAGAUAGCCGAAAAGGUCACCGAGUCAAGUACAAAUCAGGUCAAUCUCGUUACCAGUCAUACGGCGCAACAUUCUCAAGGUCAAAAUAUAAACCAUUCUGACCUGGUUGUUUAUCGUAACGGAUCCAGAAAUCGUCGAAGAAGCAUUGUAUCUGACGAUAUGACGGACAGUUCUGCUUCAACGACCGAAUUGAAGAUUGACCUGCCCGUAGAUGAGCACUCUCAUCAACACGCACAACCGACUCCAAUCGACUCGUCUGUCAAACAUGCACCUAAAAUAAUCAUCGCGCAACGUAACGACUCUCAAGCUGAAGUCCCUCACGUAGCCAACGAACCAAAUGAACCAACGAACAAUAUAGAUUUUUUGGUCAGGCUUUACCAGCUCCUCCCUCGACUACCGUCGCAAGCCGUCGUCCCCUCGGCUCAUGACCUGCGACCUUCAAGUCUUCGGCGCUCGUGUACAGUCCCAGCCCAUUUCAGUGGCGUUUGCCACCUUGACAGGGAUAAACCGGCCGGCCUGGUGUCGCCUGGACAAAUUUCUACCGACGAGAGGGAGUCUAUCACCAGCACGCUCCUUCAAAUGCUAAUCGAGAGUAAAGACCCCAAUGAACCUUACCUUAUGGACGAAUCACUCCCGCCCCCCUCUAUCAUCGUAUCACCACCCACUGGAUCAACCCUCAGUCUUCAAAGGAAGAGCGAAAUCUUUUACUGA